CGCCCGUAUAACACGGAACACGGAGAGAGAGAGAGAGAGAGAGAGAGAGAGAUGGCGACUGACAACAAAUCAAAGUCAUCUUCAGCCCCGAAGUCCAAGAAGGGCAAGACCCGUUAUCUUCCUCACAACAGGUCUGUGAAGAAGAAAGGGGCGUAUCCGUUACACCCGGGAGUGCAAGGAUUCUUCAUCACUUGUGAUGGUGGCAGAGAGCGCCAAGCCUCUCAUGAAGCUCUCAACGUUAUCGACUCGUUUUUUGAAGAGCUUGUACAGGGGAAGGAUGCAACGACAAAUCUUUCUGAGGCACCCAGUAAACCUAUGAAUAAAAAAAUUAAGUUCACAUACUCUGAUUCUUCUAGUAGUGAUGAUGAAGAUGAUGGUGUUGAUGACAAGAAAGAGGAGGGAGAAACGAAGGAACCUGUUGAAGACAAGGAGGUGGUUAAUGAAGAAAAUAAAGCUGACGCUUGUACAGGUGAUGAUGGUAGUCAAGAUGAUAAAAAAAGUGAGACGUCAGAGCUCGAGAAGAAAGAAAGUGCUAUCUCUGAAAAUAUUCCGGAGGAAGAUACUAAAGACGACAAAGAGGGUAGUAUAAGUAAAGAGACUUCUGCAAAAGAAGUUGAAGAGCCACCAGCAAAAAAGCAAUGUCUAGUUACAGAUUCAUCAAUAAGGAUACCGAAUAAAGUAGAAGAGAAGUCCAUUGAUAGACUAAUUGAAGAUGAGCUCCAAGAGCUUAAAGAUGAGAACAAGAGGCUCUUUCUCAGCCUUGAGCCAGGAUGCAACGGUGUUGUCUUUGUUCAAAUACGGAAGAGAGAUGGAGAUCCUGGCCCCAAAGAUAUUGUACAGCAUAUGAUGACAUCUGCUGCUGCAACAAAGAAACACAUGUCGAGGUUUAUCUUAAGGGUAUUACCUAUCGAAGUAUCUUGCUAUGCUUCAGAAGAGGAGAUUUCCAGAGCAAUCAAACCUCUUGUUGAACAAUAUUUUCCCUUGGAAACUCAGAGUCCUCGCAAGUUUGCAGUAAUAUAUGGAGCACGGGCAAAUACUGGUAUUGACAGGAUGAAAAUCAUAGAUGCAGUGGCAAAAUCUGUGCCUCAACCUCACAAAGUUGACCUCAGCAACCCUGAUUUGAAUAUUGUGGUUGAAAUCUGCAAGACUAUUUGCUUGAUUGGUGUUGUUGAAAAUUAUAAGCAGUUGGCGAAGUACAACCUGAGGCAGCUCACAUCAUAGAUGCCCCAUAGGAGUUUGUUCUUUUACUUAAGUUCAAUUUGGUUCCUUAUAUGUAAUGCAUCACUGUGGUAGUCAUAUCACAUAAAUGAUCUGCGUUUAAUAUAAGAGAAACGAGAGAUCAUAAAGUUUGCUUCAUAUUGUAUAAGUUUGCUUCAUUUGAGUUGAACUAUGUUUGUUUUCUAUUUGUACUUGUCAUCUUGUAUUCAUUAGAUAAUCCAGUUUUCUGA